GCAGGCAGAUUGGUUCUGAAUUUAAUAAGGGUUCAAAUUCAGCAUGCCAACAAUGCCCACAGCCACACUCUCUUUUUCUUCUUUAAUUUAAUAUUUUAUUUUAAUCUAUCUAUCCAUCAGCUAUAGUAUACAAAAGUCCUUUCAUGUUAUAAAAAGAGAGACUUGAAAACAAAACAAAACUACUGGUGAUUCGGAAUCUGGGUGUUGUUUCGAUCCUGCCAUGUCUGUUAUUAACCGUGAUGAUGAUGAUGAUGGUGGUGGUGGUGGUGGUGGUGGUGAUGAUGAUGAUGAUGCAGAGUCAUGUAGCUGUGAUACUACUACAUCUGAUGUUGUUCAUGGUGUUAGAGAGGUUAAUAGGUUUGAACAGAAAGCAAAUGAUGAUGACGACGACGACGACGACGACGAUGAUGAUGAUGGGGAGGUGGUGGAGAUGCGAAAGGAGGUUCGUUUGCAUAAAAAAUGCAGGGAUGAUAGGCGGUUCAAUGGAGGAGCGGCCAAAGACAAGAAAUCAUCUACUGUUGAUUCAACCAAAACCCCGAAAGAAAGGAACAGGUUAUUUUGGGAAGCUUGCCUAGCAUCUUAAGCUGUUAAAUAUUUAUUAUAUCUGCAAUUACCAUUAAGUGUGAUAUAAUUGAAAAUACAUAAAUAACUAUUCUUUAACUCA